AUGAAUUCUUCAUUACAGGCAGACGAAAAGGUUUUAGUGACAGGUGCUUCAGGUUUCAUCGCCCUGCAUAUUUUAGAUGUUUUACUUUCUGAGAGAUUUCAUGUCAUCGGAACUGUGCGCUCAAAAGACAAAGGGGAAAAAAUUAAAAAGUCCUUUGAAGAAUUGUAUCCUUACGCACAAUUGGAUUUUGAAAUUGUGCCAGAUGUUGCAGCAGCUCAUGCCUUUGAUGGUAUUUUGAAGAAAUACCCUGAUAUUAAACACAUUCUACACACUGCUUCCCCGUUUUCAUUCGGUUCGGGCAAGUCGAUGGAAGAAACGUACUUGAUUCCAGCGACUCACGGCACAAGGAACAUCUUAGAGUCGACCAAGAAUUUGGGUAAAAACGUAAAACAUGUGGUAAUUACAUCAUCUUUUGCGUCAAUUUUGAAUUUGGACCGUGAGGGCGAUUCUAGUUUUAUUCACACGGAAAAGACCUGGAACCCAAUAACAUGGGAUAUAGCUAAGGCAAAUGAAAUUACUUCAUAUAUUGCAUCCAAGAAGCUUGCAGAAGAACUAUCUUGGAAAUUUCUCGAGGAAAACAAAAGUGAUGUAAAUUUCACCAUUACAACAGUUACACCUCCAUAUGUUCUCGGUCCACAAAUGUUUGAUUGGGGGCUUGAACGCUCGUCUCUCAACACUUCUGCUGAGAUCGUAAACCAAGCCCUACAAAGCACACCUGCAUCAAAGGGCCCAUUUGAUGUUCCCAAUGGUGUUGCAUGCGAUGUUCGCGACGUCGCACUUUUACAUAUGCUACCCUUGAGAAAUGAGAAUCUAGCUGGGCAUCGGUUGUUUCCUAUCAGUGGAACUGGGUUGAAACAACGUGAUUACGAGGACGCAAAAUUCAAUCUACAGAGGGUUCUCGACGUCAUGAAUACCAAAUUUCCUGAACUUAGAGGCAAAAUUUCGCCUGGUGAUAUAAAGGAUAACAAGCCAUACCUUGACAAAAUUUAUUAUUAUAAUAACGACGAGACAUGCCAACUAACCGGUGUAGAAUUCAAACCAUUUGAUGUCACUAUCUAUGAUUCUACGAAGCAGAUCUUGGACUACGAAAAGUUGCAAUCUAAGUCCUAA